GACUUUAUUUCGCGAGCAAAAAGUAUUACUAAUCACUUGGCAAUUGCUUGAUUACGUUCAAAUAAUUAUUCAAUUAAAUUAACAUAGAUAAAAUUAUUUAAAAUGAAGUUUCAAAUUUUAUAUAUUUUUAUACUAUUUAUUGCAAUUAAUAGUGUUGUAAUUGCAAAAUCAUUGUUGUGUAAAAAAAAUCAAAAUACAUGCAGCGAUAGUUUAGAGUGCUGUUCGAGUUACUGUCUUCAUGAAAAAUGUGUUGAAUACGGUGAAGAUCGAUAUGAAAAAGGAUUAAGUAAUCCAUGUUUAACUAAAGUCUGCUCCGAGGAUGAACGAUGUGCAAUAUGGAAAAUUCCAUUUUAUAAAUUAAUCAAAGGUAGUUCAAAGUUCGUUCAAAUUUUGGGUCCAGGACGAGGCUUCUGUGUUAAAUAUACUCCAUAUGAAAUUUUAAAUGAUGAAGACUGAAGAUCUCAGUUAUAAUUCUAUGAUAAACAAAAAUUUAAAUAUUAUUUAAACGUUGACAAAUAUUUAUCUACAUAAUUAAGGCUGAAUACGAAAUU